CUCACGUUCACCGUCCGCGCUCCCCAUCCCGUCCGCCAAAAUGAAGCUCGUAAGAUUUUUGAUGAAACUGAACAACGAGACGGUCACCGUCGAGCUCAAGAAUGGCUCAGUGAUCCAUGGAACGAUCACAGGUGUGGACAUGCAGAUGAACACGCACCUGAAGACCGUCAAAAUGACCGCGCGCAACCGCGAGCCGACCUCGCUCGACUCGCUCUCCAUCCGCGGCAACAACAUCCGCUACUUCGUCCUCCCCGACGCCCUCCCCCUUGACACCCUCCUCGUAGACGACGCCCCGAAACCGAAGAGCAGGAAGAAGGACGACGCGCGCGGGCGUGGGCGCGGUGGCCGGGGCGGCGGCGACCGUGCACGAGGGCGGGGCCGUGGGCGCGGGCGAGGACGGGGCUUCUAGGCGUGCAGGAGGAUGGCUUGGUGCGCUGCUGCUGCCUCUGUUGUCUGUGCGAAGGGCGGGCGGGGGAGGAUGGGGUGCGUGCGUCGCUGCGCGGUCUGCUCCUUGCCUGUCCGGUGUAUUAUAGCUCGCGGGUCGUUGUACAAAUCGUUGCUCGCACCACGCUGUUCUGUCCACCUGUGACUCUAGUGCAAUUGUACCGGCC